CUCAUCCGGACGCUGCCUACCCACUUCUUGUCACUGCCUGCUUGCUGCAGUCAUGACUCGCAUCACGCGCUAUCCCUUGCCAUAGGGGCAGCUAUCCCAUGCCCAACGCACAGCGCCCCGUAAGCCGCAAAACCAUUAGGCUCGCCUUCACUGUCUUUCGUGGGUACGUCUUCAAUCUUGUAAAGGAACUAUGGGGGCUCCAUCCCGUUCGGGCAUCCCUGAUGGUGGUUCUCCACAUCAUCCAUACCAUCCCCCCUGCCUCCAGGGACUAUUCACAGGUAAUGGUCGUCGACGAAGCUGUAGACGCUCCUGUCCUCCCGGUGUUUAUCCCGGUCGAACUUCUUGCGUCUCGAUCGUCGGAAUCUUUCAGCAUGCUUCGGAAACAGCCAUCGACACGUCUGCCAGGUCGAACGAGAGCAUCGUCCAAGAGUCAGUCAAAUUCUAUGUCGAGUACCAACAUAUUGCUCAGCGGUUGCGUCUCGAUAUCCCUACUCUACGCGACCCUGUAAUCCAUGAUUGUCUCCGGG